CAGUGCUAAAAUAUAGCUAGCUCUAUGUUUAAAGCGUCCAAAUCGCUUAUAUUAUUAUGCAAACAAUGUGAGCAAGGAACAAACAGUAAAUCAACCAUGUGGUAUUUUCACUCAUGUAAAAUGUGUUCGUUUUCCAACCUUUUCUCUGUCGAUUGUAUUUUCUGGUUCCUUUUUAAUUUCUUCUUGGGUGACUCUUGAUUCCACAGCCAUUAGUUUGACGGAGGGAUUACCACUGAAAAAACUUUUAAAUCUGAUCACAACCGACACUCCAAACAGCCGAGAAUGCCUGUUUCUGGUUCCAGGUCAGACAGCGUUGGUAAGAGGGGUGUGUGGGCUGAGACACAGCCAAUCAGAACACUGGAAGUACAAGCCGAGAAGAGCAAUCUAGAGAAACUCGCUCUUCGCUUUUGUACCGCCAUUUUGGGAGUCAGGCUAUGAAUUGCGAGCCAGAAGCGAAGCCACCGGUGCACAGACUUUGUGACUAUCAACAUGGUUCACACCUGUGUGGUGGUAGGCUGUCGAAACAGGAGAACGCCAGGAACCACACUGUCUUUUUACCGUUUUCCACGUGACCCUGAAAGAAAACAACGGUGGAUUGCAGCUAUAAACCGAGAAGGGUGGCUGCCAAACGAUGGCAGUCGGCUGUGCAGCACGCACUUCAUCUCAGGUAAACAGGUGAAGAACCCUCGGUCACCAGACUAUGUCCCAUCUGUGUUCAGUGAAGUUUCACUGUCUCAGGAGACAAAGCAAAUGAGUGCCUUCGAAUGCUCCGACAAACAGCAAGCGCAAGUGGAGGCAGCCACCGCAUUGCUGUACCUUCAGGGGCAGGUGGUUGACCCGGACCCGGACCAGGACCAGGACCAGGACAAGGCAGAAACCAUGUCGUCCCUGAGCAGCUGUAGCUCAGAACCGCCCAGCGACAGCAGGGCUCACUCCAGCAGCGAUGUGGACGCAUCCGACACCGUGAACUACGAAGAGGAGCUCAGAGCCCUGAAGAAGGAGAACCAGGCCCUCAGAGAAUCCGUGGAGAAGAUGUCUCUCACGGAAGCCUCCCUCAGAAAUGACCCGGCGAAAGUGAGGUUUUACACCGGCCUUCCUAACUACUUUGUGUUUGAGACGGUCAUGUGGCUGCUUUCGCCGCACAUGAAGGGAGAAAAGACCGCAAAGCUCUCAAAGUUCCAGCAGCUCCUCUUGACCCUAAUGAGGCUCAGGUUGGACUUGAAGAACCAGGACCUGGCCUAUAGGUUUGGGGUCAAGGUCAGUACAGUGACCAAGACCGUCCACAGUGUGGUCAACAUAAUGUCCACGACGCUGGUACCGACUACGGUUUUCUGGCCCUCGAGGGAGGAGCUCCGGAAGAACCUCCCGUCCGCGUUUAGGUCGUCAUACCCAGACUGUGCGGUGAUAAUAGACUGCUUCAGAGUGGCCCUGGAGAAAACGGACUGGUCAGACGCAAACAUCCAGCGCUGUGGAAGCAACACGCUGAAAUACCUGAUCGGAGUCGCGCCGCAAGGCGUGGUGACUUUCGUUUCCAAAGGGUCGCCGGGUAACAUCAGCGACAGGGACCUGGCGGAGGGCUGCGGCUUCUUGAACAAGCUGCUCGCGGGCGAUGUGGUGCUGGCUGACCGGACAUUCGACGUCGGCGAGUCGGUCAUGGCACGGGGGGCCUGCCUAAAUAUCACAGGCAUCGGUGAGGGUGACUGUGGGGUGCCUGAAGAGGACCCACUGGCUGAUGCCAGCUUGGAGCGAAUGUGGGUGCGAAGGCAUGUGGAACGAGUGAUUUCAACGGUGAAGCAGAGAUACGCCAUAUUGACUGGCCCGGUGGAGAGUCCCUUCACUGCAAAGGACCACAGCGCUAACAUGACCACCUUCGAUAAGAUAGUUAAGGUGGUGUGUGCCUUGAAUAACCUGUGCAUAUCUGCUGCUCCACUGGAAUGAUUAAAUACAGAGCUCCACAGUCCCACAAUGCAACAGGAUUUCCAGCUCAAAUAUGUGGCACUUAAGUCAGUUCUAGUUCUUUAUGUCAGUUGGGAAGGACCAAUGUUUACUGAUCAAGAUUUUCAAGUUGGCAUUAAAGUUGAAAGGUCUUGAUAGCUUUGACUCUCAGAAAUAAAGUUAAUGAAAGUUUCUAGUAUACAGAGUCAUAACUUGGGUUAUGAAUGGGUGGGUGAGUGUACUGGCACAAUAUGCUUUAUCUAGAGGGCACAAGUCCGCAUCCUCAGAAGGAAGUGCACUCUCCUGAGUUAGAUGGUCCAAUGAUGAUAAUGUCCAGACAUCAGUAUUUACCUCAAGUGCAAAGUGCCUUAGCAUGUGUAAUAUGCAACUGUAGAUACAAUUAUUAUUAAGUGGAUUUAUAUAUAAUUUCAACGUUCCCUUUCAGUCACUCAGGAACUGGAAAUAUUGUUUGCAGACAGACGGGUGUAUGGGAAAGGGCUACAGGGAGCAUGCUAUAAAACAGUGAUCUUCAUUCCUGGUCCUGGUGGGCCGCAGGCACUAAAUUGCUCAGUUAAAGCAGUUGACUCGAUAACUCCCUCAGUUCUUGGGUCUGAUUUGGUUUCUCAUAUUAAGGUAAAAACAAAAACCAGCAGCACCUGUGGCCAGGAAUGAAAAUCACUGCUAUAAACCCUCUUAAUAAUUCCCCUCCUUUUUUGGUCUGGGUCCCAGUUCUGGUUCUGUAGAUGGUUCUGACUGUAAAAUUGUGUAUGUUUUGUGUGCAUGUUUUUUUUUUUUUUAAACACUACAUUAUGUAUCAAACAGGUGUGUUACUUUUUCCAAAUUGAUUUGAAAUCUCAUUUGUCACAACUGUUUUCUGCACUUUGUAUGAAGCAGUCUAUGUAAGAAUUUACAAUGUGUACCAAAAUCCC